GAAUAUAAUUUCAACAAAACAGGAUAUGAUGCUACUGGCUUGUAAAAUAUAUGCAGCAGUGAUUGCAUAAUGUUAAGAUACUGGAGAACCUGUCCACUGAAACUGAUACUUAUUGUAUUAAUAUCACAGCUUUGUUACUGUACAUUUCUUAGAAACUUGAGAACAGAGAGAUAAUUGUGACCUAUAAGACCAGUGGAUAUAGUUCUGUCAUUGGAUGAAAAUGACAGUUGCCAUACCAACAGUUUGGAUAAAUGUCAUGUUUAUGAAAGAGCAAUUGAUUGACUUAAAGUGAAUUUCAGCUUAGCAGCAUUUUAUCAAAGGAUAUAUACAUAUUGUUAUCUUAGUGUAGAGUUGUUACACCCAGUUUUUAAAAUGUGUCCAUGUCUUCUAAAUAUCAAACUGAAUGAACUUAAAUUUCAAUCUGAACUGAUGCGUGUUUCAGUUUGAAAUUUUUUUUUAAUAAGAAACGGGAAGUAAUAAUUAGCUGCUGAAUCAGAUGAAAGUGUGUUAGUCUUAAUGGAUGAAUCGAAAAAUGUGUCAUAAUUAUGCAUGUAUAAGAAACUUGAACUAGCUUUCUGAGUGCGAGUUCACUAAAGAUAUCUAGUGAAACUAGAUUGUGACUAUAGUUAAUAAUUAUAUGGAGUCUAAAGACAUUGAACUUGAGGUUGAUAAUGGGGACUCCCCACCCACAGGAGAUCCACCCCCAGAGAAAAAAGAGGGGGAGGAGGAGGAGGAGGAUGAGUUUGACUUUGGAGAAGCUGUUUAUGAUGAGGAAAAAUAUGGUAAACCACUGACAUAUGAAAAGAAUCCAGGCCCAAUCAAAAACAGAUCGUGUACGGACAUAAUAUGUUGCCUGUUAUUUGUCAUAUUUAUUGCGGGGCUCGUGGUUGUGGCUUUCUUUGCAUUCAAAUACGGUGAUCCUCGACUGCUAGUCUAUCCAGUAAAUUCCAACAAUGAGAUCUGUGGAUAUGGCAAACAAACGGGUAAGCCAUACCUGUUGUUCUUUGACCUGAUAGCAUGUGGUCGGAUGGGGGUAGGGGUGUUUGUUAAAGGAUGUCCCACCCCUCAGAUUUGUGUAGCAGAAUGUCCAACACAGAACAAUGUAGUGACAAAGUUCAGUUCAGCAUCAGAACUCAAGUACUGCAAAGAUGGUGUUGAUGCACAAACAAGCUCAAAGUCUGUUGAAAACUUGCUGUCUGAUGAGGACUGUGCCACAUACUGGAUCAAGAGCAGUUCAUUAAUAAAUAGAUGUGUCCCUUCCUUCCUGAUUGACGUUCUGGAGAAAGGUGCAAAUUUGGCUGAUGAAAUUUCCAAUUCAAAUGCCAAUGCUACAGAUGCAAAUGGACAACCAUAUGACAGUGCUGUCAUGGAGGCUGGGCUGAGUGUGUACGGAGUAUUUCUUAAAGCCAAAGAAUAUGGAGAAAAGAUCAUAGAAGAUGUGAUCACAGCAUGGUGGAUGAUACUCAUAGGCCUGCUCCUGGCUAUGAUCUUCGCCCUCCUCUGGAUUAUUGUCAUGAGGUGGAUAGCUGGAUUCAUGGUCUGGUUCACAAUAUUCGCUUUCAUUGGCUUGUUUGGCUUCUCUGCUGGGUAUACAUUGUACCAGUACUAUGAACUAAAGGACUCGGAUCAAGAAUUCCACAUACAGUUCUCUGUCAUCCAGAUGACUAUGUCCAAACCUAAGCUUUUCUUGGCUUUUGGUAUAAUAUCUGGAGUAAUCCUCCUAAUUUUACUCCUAAUCCUGCUAAUCCUGUGCUCAAGGAUCAGGAUUGCCAUCUCUCUGAUCAAGGAAGGCAGCAAAGCUGUGGGGACCAUGAUGUUUACUCUCAUUUGUCCCAUUUUCCCGUUUUUCCUACAGAUAAUAGUUGUGGGGUUCUGGCUCACCGUAGCAGUAUUUUUAGCAUCCACUGGAAGGAAUCAGUCAUUUGAAUUUAAUAAUAGCUCAGAAUAUAAAUAUCCAAAUGGAAGCUAUAAUUACAACAAAAUAAAGACAGCUACAGGACAGUUCUUCGGAGAAGCAUGUGACAACAAUGACAGCCUCUCGGGUUCUGAGUUUUGCACCUUUCUGAAAAAUCAAGAGGAAAAUUUUGUCCUUUACUCCCAAAUCUUUAACCUCUUUAUGAUGUUUUGGCUGGUAAAUUUCGUCAUCGCUCUUGGUCAAAUGACCCUGGCUGGUGCCUUUGCUUCGUACUACUGGGCAUUCGAGAAACCAAAAGACAUUCCAGCAUUUCCCAUCCUCAGCUCAUUAUGGAGGUGUUUUAGGUACCACUUGGGGUCCCUGGCAUUUGGCUCCCUGAUUAUAGCCAUUGUACAGAUGAUCAGGGUGGCUCUGGAGUAUGUGGACGCCAAACUUAAGGGGAAAGAGAACCCGGUGGCCAAAUUUUUUGUCAAAUGUCUCAAAUGCUGUUUUUGGUGCCUUGAAAAAUUCCUGAAAUUCCUUAACAAAAAUGCCUACAUUCUUAUUGCAGCUCAUGGUAAAAACUUCUGCACUUCAGCAAAGAAUGCCUUUAUGCUGAUCAUGAGAAAUAUUGUCAGGGUGGUGGUAAUAGACAAAGUGACAGAUUUCCUGUUAUUCGUCAGUAAACUGGUGGUUGUUGCCUUUGCUGCGGCCACUUCCUACUUUUUCUUUGAUGGCCGGAUUGAUUUCCUGGCUUCCUUUACUCCGUCCCUUAACUUCUACGUAGUCCCAAUUGUGAUUGUAACUCUUGGUUCCUAUGUGAUAGCCAGCUGUUUCUUCAGUGUGUACGAGAUGGCUGUAGACACUCUAUUUCUCUGCUUCUUGGAGGACUUGGAGAGAAAUGAUGGUUCUCCGGACAAGCCUUACUACAUGAGCAAAGACCUACGCAAAAUUCUAGGAAAGAAAAACGUGAUCUCACCCAGUGAGAAAAAAGAGUUCUAAAUCCUGUGAUACUUACCAACUGAUGCACAUCAGCUGGUCACUGAUGCAUAUCAGCUGGUCUUGAAAUCCAACAUUCUAUAUGGCACAAAGAAAUUCUAUAUUUAUCUAUAUGUACUUGUUAUUUGUUAAUUGUUAAUUUUUUUUUUGCAAAUGUCUACAUAUAUCAAUGUAAUUAUAUCUGGAUUUUUUGGGGGAGAGAAAGAACUAGAGAAAAAGAGCAUAUGCAUUAUAAAUUGUAAUAAAUAUAGUGCAUGUGAUUUAAAUAUGAUCAAUUCUAUUACAUACAUGCAUAACUUUAUUUUAUUUUAUGACCUUGAUUGAUUCAGAGGUGAAUAUUACAUUUUUUUUUUCAUUUUAAUACUAGUGACUUUAAGUAUGAUGUAUCAGAAGCUAAAGAAACAAAUUAUACAUAAGCUUUAAGGUUAACAAAACAUAUUGUCUGUGCCAUACAUUAAAUACAUGUACAAUGAAGAAAACUAUCGAAGACUUAAUCCUCUAGAAUUGUUUAACCUUGAGUUGUGAAAGAUCCACAUAUGUCUUGUGCUGUUGUUGUUGACAAUUAUUUGCUUUUGAGUCAUUAACAAUGCAAUCUGAUAAGCAUAAUCUUAUAAAUUAUAAAUAUAGGUUGGCAGGUGUUAUAUAAAGGCUGGCCAGCUUUCAUGAUGAGAUGAAAAAAAUGUCAAUGACAUACAUCUAAUAACUUAAUGUAUUGAUGAUUUUGUUUUCAUAUCUUUGAUGCAAUUUACUUCAAGUUCUUAUAACUUUAUAAAGAGUAAGGCUUUACUACAAUUUCUAUUGAUAUAAGGCAUUUGAUGCUUGAGUUAUUAGGAAAUAUGCAAAAUGCAUUUCAAAACUGUAGUACGUAGAGAAAAUUUUUAAGGAGAAGACAUUAGCUAUAUGUCUGUAAUGGUACCUUGUGUUUUGUAUAAUUGUACUCUUGCCUUAAUUUAAGGAAUCUUGCCAAUUAUUUGAUUUUUAAAAUUUAUGUAGGUAUCUUUUAUAAUCAGAAUCACUAUGACUUAUAAAGACACAACUUAUCAGUCUAUGUAAAGCCAUACAAUUACAUUCCAUUGUUUUUUCUUCUUAAAAUCUCUGGAAAUAAUAACAUCAAGAAAUGAUAGGUAAGUGAUGCAGGUGAAAAAUAGAUUCUUUAAAAAAAAAAAUUUUUUCUGUAUAAGUUUGCAUUUUGUUUUCUUACCUAUGCUUUCCCAGUUCUCUCAAGAAUGAUAUGAUUCUCCCUGUUCUUUAUUUCUAUGUUAAACUAAGAAAUGACUUUAUGUUGUAUAUUGUCAGAAUCAGUAAUCUAGUAUUAAAUCAAUGUUCAGUCCCA